ACAAUUAUCCGGGUUUUCGAACGGAUGCGGGAAAACGAGUUUCCGACUACAGCCAAGGAAGUUAAUUAACCGCGAUGCGACCGAAGUUCGAUGCAGAGACAUAUAAACCACGGCCAUCACUUGACAUGAGUCAGUCAUUGUAAAAAGCGGUGCAUAAAAGCUGUCCGUUAUAAUUGAGUCAAAUCUUACAGUAGGUACGAGUGCAAACAUCGGGUAUAUCAAUAAAGUAUUUAUUCGUCACCCCUUUCACUGUGCUUCGAACCGAACAGUGCGCGGUCGAUUUUUUUAUAAUAUAAUAGUACAUCAGCGUAACGAAUUCGUUUAUAAAAAUGCAUUCACAAUAGUAGAGAAUACAUUACCAUCAAGGAAAAAUUUGACAACUGUAAUAACGUGUUAGAAAUAUCCCCGAUUUUAACCGAGGGGUGCAAACGAGAACGAAUCCAAAGAAAAUUAUUCGUUGAAAGAAGAAUAUCGUAUACAAUAUACAAACAAAUAAAUAAAUUCAAACAAGACGGGUUCCGAAAUAAAUCACGAUGAAGAUCGGGUUAACGAUAACAAUUUGUUUCACGAUAAUUGCUGGCUUGAGAGCAGAGGAUCCAUGCGACAAGGAUGAAAAGCGAUGGCAUUAUAGCUGUCCGGCGGACAAGGAUAACGACGACGUUUCCAUGUAUAACUAUUGCAAUGAUUUCGACCCUGUUUCGGUCCGAGUAAGUUCUUGCGUUUCCGUGACUAUAUCGGAAACUGGAAUCGGACUGGAAAACGAGGUGGAAUCCCUGACAGUGGAAAACGUGACAAAAGAAUUGCAGCUCUCAACGAUUUUUAGUGUACAAAAUAUGAGGCUCAUAAAACUUUUGAACAUCGGUAACAUACCGAAUAUCACACACUCCAGUUUCACAAGUGUCAACAGAAUAGGUCAACUUCAUAUAGAAAAUACGAAAAUCGAAUUUUUCCAUGAAACCCUAAAAAAAAUCAACAUCAGUGAAUUUAUUCUGAUAAACGUGACGAUCGAGAAAUUGCACGCCCUAGAAAUUUUCGACGUCGAGGGACUUAACGUAACGUUUAUCAACUGUCGGAUAACAGUCAACGGAGGUCCCGUCCAGCUCGAGAACUCUAAACAUGGAUCCAUCAAGCUGGUAAACACAAUGUUCGAGUUCGAAAAUUCGGGAAACAUGAGUCUGAAGGCAGAAUACGUCCAGGUAUUGAAUUGCACGUUUAUCCGCGCCUCCGUGAACGUCAUCGGCGAUAACAUCGACGUAAAUGACGUAUGCGGCGACAAGGCGAGCUCGGUGACACGCCGAUAUACCAAAAACCCCGAGAAUAAUGGCACCAAAAUACCUAUUCGGAUAUUGGAUCAGCCUGAAAAAGCCAAAGAAGCUAGAGGAGCAGCCGUGGGAAUUAGCUGUAGCUUAUCUUUAUGUCUCGUAGCAGUCUCGUACAUUCUUACAAUUAGGAUGUAAUAUGUGUAAUGCAAAGGCUUGAAACUCGGUGAAAGAAAUUCCCAAAGUGGAACUCUUGAUUCUAAUCAAUCGGUAUUACAUUUUUUCUUUUCCUCUGGAAAAGCCUGAAAUUGAUGUAUUUUAUGUAUAGACAAGCGUUCGAGGACGAAUAAUCCCUACAAUUUGAAAACUCUUAUAAGAAUCUUUUAAAGAUACUUAUACAAUUGGCAGUAAAAGUUUCAAGGAAAAACAACUUGUGGUAAAAAAUCUGGAUUGGAUUUCGCUGAUAAUUUUUUACUUGGUCAUUCUCUGGGUAUUUGAUUUUUGUCAUAUUCGUAAUUUGCGCUCCAGUUUUCGAUGUUUUCAAUUUAUAGUGUUUGUAUAUAAAUUUCAAACUCAGUAACGAUCUUUAUUUUCCGUUUCUAUCGUUUCCAUAAUUUAUAAACGUGUAAUGGUACGAUACUUGCUUGGUAGCAUUUAGCAAAAAUCUUAUCCAACAGAAUAAUCAGACCGUCCGUUUUCGAAAAACAUAGUAGAGCUCGACCUAUUGACAUUUUUUAUGUUUAUUUUUAUUUGUUAUCUUAUAAGUUUUUUCAAAAGUUUCCCUGAAUCUUAUUAAGGUAUUUGAUUUGCUUGCAAAAACCGUGGGCCAUAUUUUUUUUUACGCCUGCCGCUUAUAUUGCUGACCAUUCGUUAUUACGUAAAUAUCUAUAUUUUUAGACUAAGCAACAUUUCCUUCACAUUUUUAAUCAGUUAGUCAUAAUUCAAUAUGUAUUUUUUUCCUGAUCUCCUCCACAUUUAGAACCCGAAUGGGUAAAAUAUGUUACUGACAAUGAAACACUAUCAAGAACAUAUAAGCACAUUUUUACAUCCUUAUACAGGGUUUGUAACUCACCCAAGCAGUCUCAGUUUUUAUUAAAUUAAGUAAGUAAUUCCUCUUGCGUGGCUAAUUUAUUUUCAUCAUAUUCAUACUUCAAUACUUUUAAAUUGAUAUUGCCUACUAGUAUAUCUUGAGAAUGAUCACUACGCAAUUGAAUCCAAAAAAUAGAUUUCACUGUUAAAAAUUCGGAAAAACUUUAUUCCAUGCAUGGAACAAUCCAUAGAAACCGCAUUUAUCACUAUUAUUAGGGUUCCAACACGGGCUUAGAAUUGUUUAGAAAGUCUAGGUUAGUUAUCUUCAUUUCACAACUGUAAUAAUAUAACGUACAUGUGCGACGAAAUUUUUUCAAUAAAGUUGUGCCA